CAGGCUUCAACAUUCAUCACUGACAAUGUCCCCCUUCUGAGUGGACCGUCACGCGGUAUGAUGCGAACUAUCUCAGAGCUUUCGCCGAGCAGCAUGGUCAGCCCUAGUCCACGAUCAAUGGAGUCGUAAAGUCACCUUCCGUAUGGCUUCAUGCAUCGGCUGUGGCCCUCUUCCGACAGAGCUCAGUAUGCCUUGACCAUAUCCCGAAGAGCUCCCCGCUUCAGAGCUUCAUCAAAAUGCAUACGUACAAAUCGAACUCAUGCUCCAGACAAUUCCUGUUGUCAGGUAGCUCUUACCCUCCUGUCCUUGAAUCAGCCAGCUUACGUCCACAAUGUCACCAUUUGAGAAGUCGUUCGAUAUCGCCGUCGUAGGAGGCGGCAUAUCCGGACUUACCCUAGCAACUGCUCUACUGAACAAGGGCAUCAAAACAACACUCUAUGAAGCAGCUCCUAAGUUCGGCGAAAUCGGUGCAGGCGUCUCCUUCGGGCCCAAUGCGCAGCGUGCCAUGCGCCUGAUCUCCCCAGACGUCGAGAAGGCUUUCAAGAAAGUCGCAACACACAAUCAGUGGGACAGCAAGAAGGAUAUUUGGUUCGACUUCCGACUAGGCGAUGCAAAAUGGAAGCCCAAGCCUGGGUCGAAAGAUGGAGGCUUGAAGGGCGGAGACAAGUGGUUUGCACUUCCCUGUGAAGGUGGCCAGGCGAGCGUACAUCGCGCUCAUUUCUUGGACGAGAUGGUGAAGCUUGUGCCGCAGGAAAUAUCAAACUUUGGGAAGAGAUUGGUCGAUGUGGAGAAACUGGACAAUGGAGACGUGCUUCUUCAUUUCCAGGAUGGCACGACGGCGCAGCACAACGCUGUCAUAGGGUGCGACGGCAUCAAGAGCGCUAUGCGCGGAGUCGUUCUUGGGAAAGACAACCCAGCGACAAAAGCUGUAUUUUCGGGCAAGUACGCAUAUAGAGGACUUAUUCCCAUGAACGAGGCAGUGGAACUUCUCGGGGAGGAGCUGGCAAUGAAUUCGCAGAAUUACGGCGGCUAUGGCGGUCACAUACUCACGUUUGCCAUUGAGAAAGGAAAAACGAUGAACGUGGUCGCAUUCAGCAGUCGCGACACGUGGGACUCUGACCAGUGGGUUGUGUCCAUGACCAAGGAAGACAUGUUAAAAGACUUCGAGGGCUGGAGCCAGCAUGCCAUCGACAUCAUCAACCUGACAAAGAAGAGCGACGUAUGGGCACUUUUCAAUCAUCCUCCUGCGGAAACGUACUGCAAAGGACGAAUCUGUCUUAGCGGUGAUGCAGCUCAUGCAUCGACACCACACCAGGGCGCCGGUGCUGGAAUAUGCAUUGAAGACUCGUGGAUGAUGAGCGAGAUCCUGGCUGCCAUCAACGACAAAAGUGAGAUCGAAGCAGCUUUCAAGACUUUCGACGCCGUGCGGAGAAAGCGCACACAGGAUCUGGUCACGACAAGUAGGGACUGUGGGCAGCUCUACGAUUUUGAGAAGCCGGGUGUAAUGGAUGAUCUUGACAAGUAUAGGGAGAACAUGGCUGUACGUAUGAAAUGGCUGUGGGAGGAAGACCUCGAAGCGCAAUUAAAAGGGGCGAAAGAGGUUCUGGCGCAGAACAUCUCGUCCAGGUUGUAAAAUUCGUCAUUCAAAUGAAAGUCGGUGUUUCUCUUGAUUUGUUCCCCUAGUACCGGC